AUGUUUGGGUUAAUUGCUACGCUUUCGUUUGUUGUGGUCGGAGCUCAGUCCCAAGACUCCUUUUCCCAUGACUUCGCUCUCAAGAGAAUGCUCCCUCUGGCUGCUGCAGCUUAUUCAGACAAUCCGGGUGAAUGCGUCGGUCGCCUUGAUGGAAAUGUCGUGAAAUUUUACAAAACGGAUUGCAGCGGCCCCUUAGGCCGCUUCGCUAUUGGAAAGGCCUACUGUUCGGCAUAUACGGCUCUGCUCAACAAAGAGAAAGCAAUAGUGCUGAGUUUCAGGGGAACAGAUAGUAGAUUGCAGCUUGUCAAGGAGUUUUUCCAUCCCCUCUUAGAUAAGAAAUGGUUUGGUGAUUCGUCGGUGAACACCUACUUCCUUAAUGCUUUCCACAGCCUGUUUACCACGAGAACAAAUGAUUUAGACAGAAGUAUGUUUGAAGAUGUUCGAGAUCUGAUUCGUACACACUCGGGAUAUGACAUUUGGAUAACUGGGCACUCACUGGGAGGUGCAUUGGCAUCUUUGGUGGCAUCUUAUUUGGUGGAGUCAGGAAAUGCAGAAAUGUCAAGAAUAAAGUUAAUGACGUUUGGCCAGCCCAGGACAGGCGACCAAAAAUUUGCUGAAAGUGUCAAUAAGAUGAACUAUGCAUUCCGCGUCAUCCAUGACAAUGAUUUGGUACCUCAAGUCCCACCCAAAAAGUUCGGAUACACCCACCAUAAAAAGGAGGAAAGCACAUCUGAAUAA